ACAUGUACAAGCGAGUUUUACGGUUUAUUAUUUUUCUUAUGUUUAUACAAGCAGAAACGACCUUCAAACCAGACACAGAAAUUUGCUGCGGUGAACAAGUCUAUGAUAGAGCUGAUGUUAAAAGAAUUUGCUGUGGAGAUGAUUCUGAAUCAAAACAGGGUGUUAUUCACUCCGUCUCAAACAUGCAAAAGCCCGAAUGUUGUGGAAAUCAAGUUUACUCAUCACUGGAGAAAAGUUGCCUCGAUGGUGUUCUUCUAGAUAGGAAAUUAAAACGAAUUCCUCAGGACCUUAAAUUUAUGAAGACAAUGGAAGAGACUGGAAAAAGCCUUCUCCAAGAACUUAAGAGGUACAUCAAUCUAUCAACUGCCGAAGCACAUCUGAGAAAUAAAAACACUAAGGACUAG